AUGUCGUCUGAAAAAGAGAAAAUGGCAGCUGCCGAAGCUAAAUCACCAUCAAACAAGAGCAACUGCACGUCACCUGGUAAAAAAGGUGACACCGACGAACAUGGCCUUCCCAAAGAAAAGGACAAGAGCUACGACACCAACCUUUAUCUCUAUCAUGAGGAACUCGAAGAUCGACCCCGAGCAGCUACGUUUCUCAGUUCGUUGGCGGAUUACUCGAACACCAUCCCUACUGCUUCAGCGGCUGACCCAGAUGCUCCUAAGCCGGCACCACCAGCACGAAUGGGCACGCUUAUUGGCGUGUACCUCCCAUGUAUUCAAAACAUCUUCGGCGUCAUUCUCUUCAUUCGUCUAACAUGGGUGGUCGGUACAGCUGGUGCUAUUCAAGGAUUUUUAAUUGUGCUCGUCUGCUGUUGUACGACGAUGCUAACUGCGAUCUCAAUGUCCGCUAUUGCAACAAACGGCGUGGUGCCCGCGGGUGGGUCUUACUUUAUGAUCGGUCGAUCAUUGGGCCCGGAGUGCGGAGGCGCAGUCGGCAUGCUAUUCUACACGGGCACAACACUUGCAGCGGCUAUGUAUAUUGUUGGAGCUGUCGAAAUCGUUUUGACUUACAUGGCACCGUGGAUGUCCAUUUUCGGUGAUUUCACAAAGGAUCCAGAAGCUAUGUAUAACAACUUCCGAGUGUAUGGAACCGGGCUGCUCUUGAUUAUGGGCAUGGUCGUAUUUGUUGGCGUGAAAUUCGUAAAUAAAUUCGCAACGAUCGCGCUGGCUUGUGUUAUACUCUCAAUAUCUGCCGUCUACGUUGGUAUCUUCGUCAACUUUAAUGGAAAUGAUAAACUUCAGAUGUGUGUACUUGGAAAGCGAUUAUUGAAGGAUAUACAUAUUGACAACUGCACUAAAGACAUUGGAGGAGAAUUAUAUCAACUGUUUUGUGCUAAUAACACUUGUGAUCCAUACUAUCAGGCUCAUGAAGUUAGCAUUGUUCAAGGCAUUAAGGGUUUGUCAAGUGGGGUAUUCUUCGAUAAUUUACAAGACUCUUUUCUACAACUUGGGCAAUAUAUUGCUUACGGCAAAGAACCAGACGAUAUUGAACAAAUGGAACGUCCUACUUAUAACCAAAUUUAUGCUGAUCUCACGACGACGUUCACUAUCUUAAUUGGAAUAUUUUUCCCAUCUGUUACGGGAAUUAUGGCUGGUUCUAAUCGUUCUGGAGAUUUGGCUGAUGCCCAAAAAAGUAUACCCAUUGGUACCAUCUGCGCUAUUCUGACGACGUCUACCGUUUAUUUAUCUUGUGUAUUACUUUUCGCUGGAACUGUAGACAAUUUGUUACUUCGUGAUAAAUUUGGUCAAUCUAUCGGCGGUAAACUAGUAGUAGCCAAUAUGGCCUGGCCAAACCAGUGGGUUAUACUGAUUGGUUCUUUCCUUUCAACGCUCGGUGCAGGAUUACAAUCGUUAACAGGCGCACCUCGGUUACUCCAAGCGAUAGCUAAAGAUGAAAUUAUACCGUUUCUUGCUCCAUUCGCUGUUUCUUCCAGCAGAGGAGAACCUACAAGGGCUUUACUGUUAACCAUGUUGAUCUGCCAAUGUGGCAUCCUCCUCGGUAACGUUGAUAUACUGGCCCCGCUGCUUUCAAUGUUCUUCCUUAUGUGCUACGGUUUCGUGAAUUUGGCUUGCGCUCUGCAAACUCUACUGAAAACGCCAAACUGGCGCCCGAGAUUCAAAUACUAUCACUGGUCACUUUCUCUUGCUGGGCUAACGCUGUGUAUCUCUAUUAUGUUUAUGACAUCGUGGUUCUACGCUAUUAUUGCUAUGGGCAUGGCUGGACUUAUUUACAAAUAUAUUGAAUAUCGAGGAGCUGAAAAAGAGUGGGGAGAUGGUCUUCGUGGUUUAGCCCUUUCUGCCGCUCGCUACUCCCUCUUACGCUUAGAAGAAGGUCCACCGCAUACGAAGAACUGGCGGCCGCAAGUUCUUGUUCUUGCAAAAUUAAAAGAUGACCUUAAUCCGAAAUAUCGUAAAAUGCUAGCGUUUGCCAGUCAACUUAAAGCUGGCAAAGGUCUUACGGUGUGUGUAUCAGUCUUGGGUGGAGACUUUACUCGACGGGCUGGAGAAGCAUCUACUGCACGACAAAACCUACGCAAAUGUAUGAACGACGAAAAAGUUAAAGGCUUCGUGGAUGUUCUUGUAUCACCUGACAUUGCUGAUGGACUAAGUCACUUUGUACAAACAACGGGCCUUGGUGGAUUAAAACCUAAUACAGUGAUUGUGGGGUGGCCGUAUGGCUGGCGGCAGUCAGAAGAUGAGAGGACUUGGCAAGUAUUCCUACACACUGUGCGUACCGUCACGGCCGCGAGAAUGGCAAUGUUGGUGCCUAAAGGAAUUAACUUCUUCCCAGAUUCAACUGAGAAGGUCUCUGGCAACAUAGACAUUUGGUGGAUUGUCCAUGAUGGUGGUAUGCUGAUGCUGCUUCCCUUCCUUUUGAAACAACACCGCACAUGGAAAAACUGCAAGAUGCGUAUUUUCACUGUUGCCCAAAUUGAAGAUAAUUCAAUAAAAAUGAAGAAAGAUCUCAAGAUGUUCCUGUAUCAGCUACGUUUGGAGGCUGAAGUGGAAGUCGUAGAAAUGACUGAUAGCGAUAUUAGCGCGUACACUUAUGAACGAACCCUGAUGAUGGAACAACGUAAUCAAAUUCUACGUGAACUUCAACUUAACAAAAAGGAAACUCUCGGAAUGAUGCAAAAUUUGGUCGACUAUCAUGAACCAAACGCUGAAGAGAAAUUACCUCUGGUACAAGCAAUAGUGGACCACCACCACGCGGACGUUAAAACGGCAAGCAAAGUCCGUUUCGCAGAGCCUGGCUCCGAGCCCGUCCCUGAUGAUGCACCGUCACCUCCCCUCGCCGAAAAUGAUGAAAAAGACAAGGACGAAAAGGACGAAUUUCGAAGUAGUUUGUUGCACAUAAUCGAUUCAAUGUGGGACUCGCCCGAUGAACGCUCGCAGUGUGAGUCACCGCCGCCCGACGCCGACAAGCACGCGGACGGCAACCCCAACGGCGACGCACUUAACCCCAAGCCCAACAUGCCCAAUAUUACUCCUGACGAGGGCACUGUUCGACGAAUGCACACGGCUGUGAAGCUGAACGAGGUGAUAGUGUCGCGAUCGCACGACGCACAACUAGUCAUACUGAACCUGCCCGGGCCGCCGCGCGACACCAAGCUCGAGAGGGAAUCGAAUUAUAUGGAGUUCCUCGAAGUACUGACGGAGGGGCUGGAGAAGGUACUGAUGGUGCGCGGCGGAGGACGCGAAGUGAUCACUAUCUACUCGUGA